AUGACACACGAGCACAUCACACAGGACAUCUUCGAGACGAUGCCCAUCAUCUCGCCGACGGUGUCCAACGAGGAGCAGGCCCGGGCGCUGGGGCUCGACGGCGACGGCGACGGCGACGGCAACAGCAGCCUACGGCUGCUGCCGGACGUGCUUCCCGCGGUGCAGUGCAUUGCCCGGGCCCGCAUCCCGACCACGCAGGGCCCGGAGAUCUUCCUCCACCUCUACUCCAACGACAUGGACAAGAAGGAGCACCUGGCCAUAGUGUUUGGCGAGGACGUGCGGUCGCGGUCCUUGUACCGGCGGCGCGCCGGCGAGACGCAGGCCGACCGCAUGAUCCGUGGGGCCUACGUGGGCAAGUUGACGCCCGGCCGGCGGGACGCAGACCGGGACGCGGCGACGGGGGCGGCGCUGCGCUUCGACGAGGCCACGGGCGACCUGGUGGUGGAGGCCGGCACGACGUGGACGCAGCCCACGCUGGUACGGAUCCACAGCGAGUGCUACACGGGGGAGACGGCGUGGAGCGCGCGGUGCGACUGCGGGGAGCAGUUUGACGAGGCCGGGCGGCUCAUGGGACUGGAGGGCCACGGGUGCAUAGUGUACUUGCGGCAGGAGGGCCGCGGGAUCGGGCUCGGAGAGAAGUUGAAGGCAUACAACUUGCAGGACUUGGGGGCGGACACGGUGCAGGCGAACUUGCUGCUCCGGCACCCGGCGGACAAGCGGAGCUUCGGAAUGGCGACGGCGAUCCUCGUGGAUCUCGGACUGGCGGAUAUCCGGCUCCUGACCAACAACCCGGACAAGAUCAUCGCGGUGGAGGGCAAGCGGCGGCUCGUGCAUGUGCGGGAGCGGGUGCCGAUGGUGCCGUUGGCGUGGACGGGCGGGACGGGCGGGGUGUCGAGCCGCGAGGUGGAGGGGUAUCUCCGCACCAAGGUGGAGAAGAUGGGGCACCUGCUCUCGAAGCCGGCGGUGCGGACGGGGGAGUGA